AUGAUUCGUCGCUUUGUCGCAAAAUUGUAUUCUGUCUUCAGAAGUGUUCGAUUCAUUCGAAAUUCAAGAGAAGGCUCGAAGAGACAGGCGGCUGGAGCCGGUAAGGACAAGCCCACGAACUCAUCGAACAAUGGUUCUCCACGGAAAUUUUUCGAGAACAUUAUGCCGAGUGGAUGUCUCAACGGGUCGCCGAAGGAGCAUCGGUUGAAAGAUGCCUUACGCGUAUUCAUGAGUGGUUCUUCGAGUGGCCAAGAGAUUCAGCCAAGAGAUUCAAGAGAAGGCUCGAAGAGACAGGCGGCUGGAGCCGGUAAGGACAAGCCCACGAACUCAUCGAAGGAAGGUUCUCGACGGAAUUUUUUGGAGAAGCAGAGUGGAAUGUUCAACGAGUCGCCGAAGAAGGAUCGGUUGAAAGAUGUCUUACACGUCUACACCGACGCCAGCAUUGACACUGACCUUAAGAAGACAGUCGCUCCUUCCGGAAUCGGAGCCGUUGUGUUUACAACAGUUACAUCGUCUAACAACCGAAAUCGAGUCCAGAUGCAACUCUCCUUCAAUAUUACCAAUUAUGGAACUGGAAGGAACACAGAUCGAGCAGAAAUUUUCGCCGUUACAGUUAUUUUGCGUUAUUUGCUAGACAAAUACAGAAGCCGAGAGAUCAUCGUGAAAACAGAUUCGGAAGCUGUGAUCCGCGAGCUUGAAACCAAGGACCAACAGGCAGGGCAACUUUACAAAGACGCAGCAAACUUGCAUGAUCUGGGAACACAUUUUACACACGGCGUCACGAUCAUGUGGAUCGGAAAUGGUGAAGAGCAAAAAAACCGUCAAGCGGACUUUCUCGCGCGUUAUGCUGCUGGACUCCGCGAACGGCUACAGAAGAAAGAGCCGCGGCCAAAACGCGGUAACAAGGAAUUUAAGAUUGAGCAUGAUGCAAAUUUGACCGCCGAAUCAGAGAUCGUAUACCCGUAUCCGGAUGAACCUCUCAUCGCCAACCUUCUUCAAAGCGACACCUUCGUUACCGAAAUCGAAGCCCAUCGCGGUCCCGAUAUCACAAAUAUUCCC